AUGCUGCUGCAACGUAUUAAUAAUAAACUUUAUAGGGUAGAAAAGAGUGCGUCUCUUGGACUUUUCAUAAAUAAUACAUUAUCAGGACCUAUGAUGAUGAUAUUAUUCUACAUAUGUUUCACCACAAUUUUCUUGUCACAGUUGACUUCUGCGGAUGAAACAUUUUUAACUUAUGACGCUGAGAAGGAUCUUAGGAUAAUACAAGGAACAAGUUAUAAGGAUGGAAGUCUCUUAUUAAGAUUAACCAAACUAGGGAACAAAGCAAAUUGUAAUGAACCAAAAUUAUGGUUAGAUAUAAUCGAACCUGAUGGAAAAUUCACUGCUUUAACUAUUGAAAACCACAACAUUCCUGAAGAUAAUUUUUGUUCAAUUUCAAAAAAGGCUCUAGUUAAAAGGCAUCCAGAGUGUGAUGGUGCAGGUUCCACAUCUGAUGCAUGUUGUAGUAAAUUUCCUGAAUUAUGUAAAAAACCUAAAAGCGAAACUGAUUGUGGAAAAGAUCCCGGCAAUCCAACUUGCAACCCUAAAAAUCCUAAAGAACCAAAAGUGCCAAAUGAACCAAAUGCUUGCACAAAUCAACCUGGUUCCGAUGAAUGCCAAACCUUUUGCGCAAAGAAUCCUGGUGCGACUGGAUGUGGUGCUAAAGUUCCUCAGAAUUGUGAGAACAACCCAAAUGCUCCCGGAUGUGGCACGUGUUCGGCAAAUCCAAAGGCACCCGGCUGUGACACGUGUUCAACAAAUCCGAAGGCUCCCGGAUGUGGUGACGCGGAUGCAUGCUUGAACAACCCAAAUGCCCCCGGAUGUGCUGCAAAAACACCGUCGAAUUGUGAUGUAAACCCUUAUGGGCCCGGGUGUAAUGUAGAUUGUGGAAAAAACCCCGCACCUUCAGGUUGUGCUAACGUUCCAGACUGUGGAAAUAAUCCCGAUGCGGACGGAUGUAAUGGUGACAAAUUGGACUGUGUCAGAUUUCCGAGUGCUCCUAAUUGUGGUGCUAAAGCUCCGGCAGAUUGUUCAAAAACUCCUAAUGCACCAGGAUGCGUCGAAUGCGCAAAAACUCCCAAUGCACCAGGAUGUGUCGAUUGUUCAAAAACUCCCAAUGCACCAGGAUGUGUCGAUUGUUCAAAAACUCCCAAUGCACCAGGAUGUGUCGAUUGUUCAACGACACCAAAUGCGCCAGGAUGUGAACAGUGUACUCAAAAUCCAUAUGGCCCGGGGUGUGGAAACGUUGAUUGUAAAAAAACCCCUGAAGCUCCAGGUUGUUCAAAUAUUCCUAAUUGCGAAAUUAAUCCAAAUGCUGUAGGGUGCAUUUCUAAUCAAUUGGACUGUAUAAAAUAUCCAAAAGCUCCUGAAUGUAUAAACAAAAAACCGGAUUGUUUCAAUAACCCAAAUUUGCCUGGAUGUAAUGAUUGUAAUAAUAACCCGUAUGCUGUUGGAUGCGAUGUAUGUGCACAAGUCCCACAAUCUGUGAGAUGUCAAGUUGGUUAUUGCGAUAAAAAUCCUGAUUUACCAGAAUGUAAAUUAACUUUGACGGAUAGUAUAACGAUUUAUGCAAUUGAAAGAAAAUUUAUCUUGGUCACAUAUUAUUGUAAUCCGGCAAUAAAUAAUGACGUUUGCGGUAAGACGAUCAAUUGGGAAGGAGCAGUAUUCAGUGAGAUCAUUUUCGAGAAAUCAUGCACUGAUGGUAAAAUAGUUGAGAGCAUUAAUGUCAAAGGAGGAUUUUUACAUGUUUGUUAUAAGUCUGAAACCAAAGAAGCCGUUUGGACCACUUUUGGAGCCCCAAAUACAAAAGGAGAAGUAAACCAAAUUGCAACGAAUAAAAUAACCGAAGUAUACACGUUUGAUGCCAAUUUUACAAACGUAUUCCAAACAGAAGAUGGUGGAUAUUGUAUAGUGACGAGUAAAUCUGCUGAUGGUUCUUCAACAUUUUCCGUGCCAUGGAGUAUUCUCGUUACAUUUAUCCCAAAAGAUUCCACAAUUGGAACAUCUGGACCUUAUGAAAUUUACAAAGAAACGGCAACAACGGUUAUCAUAUUACACAUAUUCAAAUGUAACAUAGCAUACCAAUCAUCAGGAUACAGCUGCAUAAUUCAAACAGUCGAUGGAGGCCAAACAACAUUUACUGAAGUUGACUUUUUAGGCACAGGUAGUAACGGUAAAGUUACUAAAACACCAAAAUAUGUAGUACCGCAGAUUACGGCCGAAAAGGUUGUGACGGAUGUUGAAUCAUUAGCUUAUGGUGGAUAUGUUAUUGUAACAAAGGACAGUACUACCGGAAAGAAUGAUGGUUAUGUUGUUAAUAAUGAAGGGGUGUAUAAUGCAACUAUACUUUGGGGUCUUUCUGAUAAAUAUUCUUACGUUGACGUUGUUGUACUUCCAAAUAAUACGAUUGUUGGUAUUCCCAAUGACUCUUCAAAUGUUGGAACUGGUGGCGGUGAAAGUAUUAAAAUCGCUUCAACUGAUGAUUUAACAAACUAUUCUACAAUUGAAGGAGGAGAUGGAACAGCACCGGGAGGACCAGGAGGAUAUGGAAGCGCUAAAAUAUUAUCCACAACCCCAGCGAAAGGAUCUACAGUAACAGUACCAUUAGGUACGAAACAAACAGAAGAAUUUACCAUUACAUAUACGAUACCUAUAGUGGUUUCAACCGGAAAUUUCAGUGUAUUCCAAGUUAAUGGAACUGACGUGAUCUUAAAACAAGCAGUCUCAGCAAAAGAUGAGCAAUAUGUUACGGUUCAAGAUAAUAUUGUUAAACUUAAAAUAUUGAACAGUACUCUAAACACGUAUAACGCUCCUAAUGUUCCUUAUUAUGUUGAGGUUGAUAAUGAUUUCGUAAAGGAACAAUCAAAUGGUCAAAACGUUAUAGGAAUUAGAUCAAAAAUUUGGACUUUCAACGCAAGUAACGCAAACGCGGCUAACGCAAAUACUGUAGAAGGCUCAGCUGGAUCAGCUAGUGCAAUUAUCAGAUUGUCAGUUGAUGGAACGAAAAUUUAUAAAGAUUUUUCUUCAGAUGAUAGACAAACAUUUGUAAAUAAAAUGAGCGAAGAAAUUUCAAGGGCAAUUUCAUGUGAACCAGGUCGUUUAACAACCACCAAAAAAUAUCAAUACGAUGCUAAUACCAAAGAAGAUCAAUUCAUAAUGAGAGUUGACAUCAAAAAAUCGGUAUCAUCUGAACAAGCUAGUUCGGGGCAACUUAUAGAUAAUUUAGAUGAAGUCGUUAAAUAUAAAGCAUACAAUUCAUUAUCGAAUGGCGAUAGCGCUAGUUAUCUUGAUGAGUCAAAUGGAGCUCCUCGAACCGAAGUCCUUAACAAAUACAAGUUUAUUCUUAUCGGAUUCUUUAUUUUAUUGUUCAUAUUGAUCGGAUUGACAUUGCAUUCAUGUCCAUUCAUGGAAGAGAUUACAAAUGGGUUCUCCCCAUAUGAAAAUGCAGCACUUAAAACAUGGAAGCAAAAUCAUCCAAUCGCGGCAAAUGUAUUUAUAGCAUCAUCAAUUAUUGAUACGGAUGCAUUACAAGAAGUAUCAUCAAAAGCUGGUGGAAUUCCAACUUUGAGUGCUCCAUAUUCACAAAAAGCCGAGAGAUUAAUCCUGGUUUCAACCGGAUUCGUAGCAUUUUUCGAAGAUUUACCUCAAUUUAUUUUUUAUAGUGUUUAUUUAUCAAAAUACGUUAAACCGGCUAUAGUACCAAUUCUUGUCUUAUCAUCAUGUAUAAUUGUUUUAUUCCUGAAAUUUUCUGCCCUAAUAUUUUACACGUGCUGUUAUAAAAAUGGUAGGAGGCAACUAAGUGAUAAAGAAAAAGUUAUUGACGAUGAUAGUAGCAGCAGUAGUUCUUCUAGUGAUUCUGGUUCAAAAAAUCAAAAUUACGCUCCCGAUAAUACAGAUACAGGAAGAAGAAAUGAUAGAACAGAUACUGCUAAUGUACCACCAACAAAAAGAAAUUAUUCACCAUCAGAUGGACCAAUUGGUAAAUCAAAUAAACCUACGGAUGGCGCACAAGGACUACGAGAUACUCCAAACACUAAUGAAGGUCAAUCCGCACCGGUUGAAUCUUAUGGAAAUGUUAAACCAGUUGAGGACGAACCUAUUAGUCCAAUACCAGCCGAGGAAGAACCAAAGACUUCAGCACAAAAUGAAAAUAACAAUAAGGGAAGGAUUUCUACAUUUAUUGGCGGUAUUGGCAAGAAGCCAAAGAAAGAUGAUACCAGUAAUACAAACAAUAUUGAGGUAACAAAAGAUAUCACCAUUUCUGGUACAACUGUGAGACCAGUUACAGAUAGUACAAUUAGAGAUAGUACUAUAGAAAAUUAUAAUAAUGUCACAAAAUAUCUCAACUCAACAGAAGGAACAAAAUCGGAAGGAGAUAAUUUAGCAGGAGCAUCAAAUUCAACAGUACUUGGAUUUGGUUUGUAUUCAUUUGGUGGAGGUGGUUAUGUUGAUGAUACCAAUAACAAAAUAACCACAGUUACGUCAAAAACUACAGGUCAAGAGACAAUUACCAGUAAGGAAAGUGAUACUGGAAACGAUUUGAAAAUUGCCGCCGGAGCAGGAAUUGCCGGAGCAGCAGUCGCGACAACCAAAUACGUCACUACUAGUACGGACGGUGAUGAAAAGGAUCACAACAGUACCACUAAAAUUGUGAAGACCACCAUGACAACAUCAGAUGGCGGAGUAGAACACAUUACUAGAACAUUACCUGUUGAAUAUGUGAUAACCGAUGAGAAAUAUUCUACCGGUGAAAGAAGGUAUAUUACUACCACAACAAAUUAUGAAGAAUAUAUGAUUAUCUCUACCGGGGAAAGAGGAUAUAUUACAAAAAUUGCAGGUGAUGAUAAUAAUGAAUAUUUUAUUACAACCACCGGGGAAAGAAGAUCUAUUACUACAACAACAGGUGAUGAUGGUGUUGAAGUAUAUAUUUAUACCACUACGGGAGAAAUAAUAUAUCUCAUUAUAACAACAGAUGAUAAAGAAUAUAUCAUGAUCUCUGAUGAAAGAAGAUAUAUUACUACAACAACUGGUGAUACAACAAGAAGUGGUGAUAUAGAAUAUAUUGGAGGAGAAAGAGAACACUUUACUACUACAGGUGGAGAAACUCUCGAAGGGAAACAAACAAAAGAAUCCACUUCUAGUGAAACAGAUGCGAACGGAAUUACGACAACAACUAGAACAGUAACUGAAACCGAAAAUGGUGAAACGACCGUCACAGUAACAACCACUAAAAUAGACCAGAGUGGAAAUGAAAUAUCAAGUAGCUCUAAGACAAAUGUUACAUAUGAUACUGUAACUAGUGAUGAAAAUGGUGACGAAGGCAAAGUUAUUACUACCACCAUAACUACGAGCGGUGGGGAAACUCAAACUACUACAAGCACUGGUGGAGUUGCGGGUGCUUCUUUAAUUGAAACACAACAAACUAGUACCGAAAAGAAAACUUCUUCCGCUGAAAAGCAUUCUACAUCUUUAACGGCUAGUAAUGAUAAUAGCAUCAACAGUACACGUUCGAUAAAAAGAACUUCAUCUUAUGGUAGAAGUGGUGGUAAAAUAUCAAGAGGUAAAAAUAAACCUACAGCGACUACUGCUUCUAAAGUAAAUAGAAGUGGUGAUCAAGACAAAUUAGGAAGGGUUGAUAGUGUUGAUAGUAUGAGCAGUAAUGAUAGCACUGAAUAA